GCUGGAGGACGGUUAGUCAGUCAGACACCGUGAGAAAACGCGUCUAACUCUCACCAGCAAACCCUUCCGCCAGACCUCGCUUAUUUAUUUAGUCUGUACCUUCUUUCUUUCUCCUUUUGUGAACUUUUGGAGCACAUUUUUGAGGAUAUCUGUGAGGAGGUGAGAAGACGUCCUCAAAUGAAUACUAACUAUCCAAGCAGUGAUGCCGCGUUCACCGCGGGGAACGGACAAGAUGAGAUGGACUUUCCUUUUCCUCUUUUCCUGUACAACCAAGCUGGAAAUGACCUUCCACAGGAUGACCAAGAUGACCUUGAUGGUCCGUCACACCUCGAUGCCAAUCCAUCUUCAACCUGCACCAAUGAGGGCCAUGUUCCAUACAGCGACCUGUCCCUCAAUCAGCCUUCCUACCAUCACCCAACUUCUGAGGACCUUCUCACUUGCCAUCAUGCCAAUUUGAGAGACCUUCUUGGCCACUCGCUCUCGUCCCACUCUGGAGCUCCUCCAGCCUCCAGCCCCAGGAUUGAGAUCACCUGCCCUGAUCUGCACCAUCACCACCGUGACCAUGUCCAAACGGCGCCUGUGGACAUCAACCGACGGCUCACUGUUCCUCCUUAUCAGAACACCCUGUACAGAGAGAACCUGAGUCCGGCCAGCAGCAACUCCUCCACCAGCUGGCAGUCAGAGGUCUGUUCUCCCGUGCCCUCGCCCUGCAUUUCACCUAGUGGUGGGGGCGGCGGCGUUCUAGCUGCGGUGACAGUGGCCGAUCUUUGCCCAAGACUCCAGGCUAUCCACGCGUCUGGAUCACCCCGUACUUCACCAACCACGUCUCCACGUACCAGCAUCACGGAGGAGACGUUCCUGAACUGCAGGCAGUCUUCUUCACGGCCAGGCUCACGCUCACCUUCUCCACAGAUUAAACGCACCUACGAUCAGUACCAAAACCCCAGCCUGGUGCCCCCGCGCUCUCGAAGCCCCUCUCCCCAUGCUGGGAGAGAAGAGCAACCAGAGCCCUACGGCCCUCUGGUUAACCUGGAAGAGUUUGUUGACAGCCCUAACAGAAACCUGACCAAACCCGUUCCCACCAAGAUUAUACGACCUAAUCAGGAGUUCUCGAUCUACAGCCAGUCGGAUGCCGUCUUCUCGACCAUUCAAGAAGUGAAGAGGGAACCUAUAAUGGAGCCUCUCUAUGUCAUACCAUCCCUCACCUGGCCUAAUCAGCUGCCCUCGGGGAUGUGCGGUGUGACCCUGCCUCCUCUGGAGUGGCCUCUGCCCAGCAGCAACGAUGAGCAUGAGCUGAGUAUAGAGGUGCAGCCCAAACAGCACCACCGAGCCCACUAUGAGACGGAGGGUAGCAGAGGGGCUGUUAAGGCGCCAACACCUCCAGGAGGCCAUCCUGUGGUUCAGUUGCGUGGAUACAGGGGACGAGAAGCUCUGGCUCUGCAGGUCUUCAUCGGCACGGCUGACGAGAGGGCCGUGAGACCGCACGCCUUCUACCAGGUUCACCGCAUCACCGGCAAGGCCGUCACCACCACCAGCCACGAAAGAAUGAUUCACGGAACUAAAGUUCUGGAACUGCCGCUAGAACCCAAGGACAACAUGCGGGCCAUAGUGGACUGUGCUGGGAUUUUGAAGCUGAAGAACGCUGAUAUCGAGUUGCGGAAAGGUGAGACAGACGUUGGACGGAAGAACACACGCGUACGCCUGGUCUUCCGUGUCCAUGUGCCUCAGCCUGGGGGUCAGUUGCUUUCUCUCCAAGCGGCCUCACAUCCUAUUGAAUGCUCUCAGAGGUCCGCCCACGAGCUUCCGGCUGUGGAGAGACAAGAUGUGGAUUGCUGCUCGGUGCUGGGCGGUAUGCAGAUGAUCCUAACAGGACAAAACUUCACCUCUGAGUCGAGGGUUCUCUUCACUGAAAAAACCCAAGAUGGCUUGGAAGUAUGGAAGGCAGAAGCAACAGUUGACAGGGAAAAAAGCCAAACUAAUAUGCUAUAUGUGGAAAUUCCUCCAUAUCAAGACCUCAACAUCCACCACCCAGCCAAAGUCAACUUCUAUGUGCUAAACGGGAAGAAGAAGCACAGUCAGCCGCAGCAUUUCACCUACAUGCCUCUCGCAGUGCCGUUGAUAAAGGCUGAGCCAGUUGACGAGUAUCAGUACGGGCAGCUUGGUUGCAGCAUGUCACAGGUUUUGAGCGUGUCUCCGCAGACCUGCCACCACACCAGCCAGCUCCCUACAAGCAGCUGUGCUAUGCCAGUCAUGGCAGCCUCGGUCUCCCCGAGGGCCAGCCCCACCUUCUACCCUCCAGUCUCAGAGUACCAGCUGCAGCACCCCUCAGCCCUCUACCAAAGCCAAGCAGAUGUCCUCAGCAGCAGCCCUGGCCACUACCAGCCUCCACUGAAUCACUCUGCACCUGGAGUACAUGCUAGGUCCCAAAUCCGUGCUAACCCAGGCUCUCACCUCAAACCCAGCAGCUACCAGCACGUUAUGGCUGGGCAUAGCUACGAAGCUGCGGCCUCUGUCUUUACAGGCCUGGAUGUGUCAGAGUUCGGCCCCAUCGUUACUCAACAGAGAGGCUUUGGGCAGAGAGCAGCUCCUGCUGCUGGGAGGUCCCCUCCGGCACAAAACUACAGCCAGCAGCAGCCCUGUCGGCCUGUAGAGCAUCAGAGAACCAGCAGCCCUGCAAGAGUCACAAUCAAGCAGGAAAAUCUGGACCAGGCGUAUCUGGAUGAUGUGAAUGAAGUGAUCAGAAAAGAUCUGACUGUCCACACCAGUGAACAGUGAUGGGCGACGCAGAAAAUCAGCUUCUUCCAAUAAGAACCACAGCAUCUUCUGAAGACACCCUUUCAGCCUUGAUGUGUGUACAAAGUUCUUUAUUUCAUAUCCAGGUUUUUAAAGGAGCUGUAAGUAAUGUCCUG